AUGCGUGCUAGUGGGAAGCUAAAGCUAUUUGUAGUUAUCGGUCGAAAAUUACCAACUGAUAAGGAGCCUAAGCCCGUUCCCUAUCGUAUGCGCAUUUUCGCUCCAGAUUCCGUAACUGCCAAGUCGCGGUUCUGGUACUUUAUCCGUCAGCUGAAAAAGAUGAAAAAGGGUAAUGGGGAAAUUGUCUCCUGCAAAAGGCUCUACCCUAGAAAACCUCUCACUGUUAAGAACUACGGCAUCUGGAUCCGCUAUGAUUCGCGAUCUGGUACUCACAAUAUGUACAAAGAGUAUCGCGAUUUGACCGAGGAAGGUGCAGUCACACAGCUCUAUCGUGAAAUGGGAGCUCGUCAUCGUGCCCGAGCGACUUCUAUCCAGGUAAUCAAAGUCGAGGCCAUUCCCGACAACAAAUGUCGUCGCCCGCACAUCACUCAGUUCCACGAUAAGAACCUCAAGUUUCCACUUCCUCAUCGUGUCAAUCGUCGUCUCCAUGCUCCCCGUUUCACCACAGCGCGGCCCCUCACCACUUUCUAA